CCUCUUCUUCUUAUACCCCCGCCAACCCACGCUCUAUCCACUCACACACACUCUCCUCAUCCCAGAGCAAGAAGCUCAGCUCCUCCUCCUCUCGCAUGGCAGCCAUGGCCACCACCGCGUCCAGCCUCCUCAAGACCUCCUUCGCUGGCGCGCGCCUCCCCGCCGCCGCCCGCAACCCCACCGUCUCCGUCGCGCCGCGCACCGGCGGCGCCAUCUGCAACUCCAUCUCGUCGUCGUCGUCCACUCCCCCCUACGACCUCAACGCCAUCAGGUUCAGCCCCAUCAAGGAGUCCAUCGUGUCUCGCGAGAUGACCCGGCGGUACAUGACCGACAUGAUCACCUACGCCGACACCGACGUCGUCGUCGUCGGCGCCGGCUCCGCGGGGCUCUCCUGCGCGUACGAGCUCUCCAAGGACCCCUCCGUCAGCGUCGCCGUCAUCGAGCAGUCGGUGUCCCCCGGCGGCGGCGCGUGGCUCGGCGGGCAGCUGUUCUCCGCCAUGGUGGUGCGCAAGCCGGCGCACCUGUUCCUCGACGAGCUCGGCGUCGCGUACGACGAGCAGGAGGACUACGUCGUCAUCAAGCACGCCGCGCUCUUCACCUCCACCGUCAUGAGCCGCCUCCUGGCGCGCCCCAACGUGAAGCUGUUCAACGCCGUCGCCGUCGAGGACCUCAUCGUCAAGGAGGGCCGCGUCGGCGGCGUGGUCACCAACUGGGCGCUGGUGUCGAUGAACCACGACACGCAGUCGUGCAUGGACCCCAACGUGAUGGAGUCCAGGGUGGUGGUGAGCUCCUGCGGCCACGACGGGCCGUUCGGCGCCACGGGCGUCAAGCGGCUGCAGGACAUCGGCAUGAUCGACGCCGUGCCCGGCAUGCGCGCCCUCGACAUGAACACCGCCGAGGACGAGAUCGUCCGCCUCACCCGCGAGGUCGUCCCCGGCAUGAUCGUCACCGGCAUGGAGGUCGCCGAGAUCGACGGCGCCCCGAGAAUGGGCCCGACGUUCGGAGCCAUGAUGAUCUCCGGCCAGAAGGCGGCGCACCUGGCGCUGAAGGCGCUCGGCCGGCCGAACGCCAUCGACGGCACGAUCAAGAAGGCGGCGGCGGCGGCGGCGCACCCGGAGCUGAUCCUGGCGUCGAAGGACGACGGCGAGAUCGUGGACGCCUGAGCGAAUAGAACAGGGUAAAAAAAAAUCCGCAAGACGUGGUGGUGACACGGAGGAGUUGGGGACGAGAAGAAGAUGUGGACUUUCCCCUGUGUUUUUUUUUCGGGAUUUGCAUUGAUCCCCUUGUUUGUUUUAGCUCUGGAUGUUGAUUAGCGUCUUGUUCAUAGCACUUCCACUGCCACCGUGUGUGUGUGCUCUGCUUGCCUGAUGAGGGCAAGAAAACUUCCAUGGAUCCGUCUCUCUGGGAGGAAUGAAUAAAAAGGAUGAGGAAAUAAAAAUGAUUCAGUGCCAUUA